AUGGGAGCGGAGAGCAGCACGGAUCAACUCGGUAUAGACCCGCUGCUCCCAGUCUUCACGCGGCUGCAGGAGCAGGUCCUGGACUUUGCCAAAGAGCAGCUGCAGAGCUUCCACCGGGCCCUGAACUCAGAUUACCCAGAAUGCUCAGAGAGAGUGGCGGAGGAGCAGCUCAUCAGAGAGGCCCUCCUGACCAUAGCACUGCACUUCCUGGAGAGGAUGGGGGAGGGGCGAGUGGCCGAGUGUCUGUUCAGCCACUCUGAGCUCCAGGACUUUGACAUCAGAGAAUACUCUUAUCAUCCAAAUGCUAUUAAGGGUCUGCUGCCUGUAAUGAAAGCCUCCAGAAAAGUCACUCUGUCCAGCUGUGACCUGAGAUACUUUGAUCUGACCUCAGUCGUCAGCUCCUCUGCUCUGAAACAUCUGGACCUCAGUCACUGCCUCCUCACAGACUCUGAUGUGGAGGAGCUGUGUUCUGGACUGAAGAGCGCCACCUGCAGACUGGAGGUCCUCAGUCUGUCCUUCUGUCGUCAGUCUCAUCUCUGCUGUGAGUCUCUGGCCUCGGUCCUCGGCUCCUCUGCUCUGAAACACCUGGACCUCAGUAACAAUGACCUCACAGACUCAGGAGUGGAGCAGCUGUGUUCUGGACUGAAGAGCGCCACCUGCAGACUGGAGGUCCUCAGGUGA